AUGGCGCGCGCUUGCGUGCUGAGGCCGAAUCUCCCCACUCGGAGGCCAGCCCCAGAAAAGCCCUGGCGAGUAGGGGGCGGCGCAGAGGAAGGGAGGAGAGUCGGGUGCACGAGAGGUUGGUGGGUGUGUGGGGGUGGAGAGGUAGAAUAUGUGACGCUGCGGCCCGUCCUGUGCCAGAGCAGCGGACGCGGAGUUCGAGGUUGCAAUCAGAUUCCCGGCGCUGCCACUUGGGGAAGCCAGACUCCUGAGAGCUGCGUCUGCAGAGACAUUCGGUCCCCAAGCCAGUUCCCCGCGGCCGCUCGCAGCGCUCCGGGGCCGGUCGGGAGGCGAGCAGCCGGCGGUGCGAGUCCCAGGCAGGGCCCUGGCGGGACUAUGGCAGCCGGGAGCAUCACCACACUGCCUACCCUGCCUGAGGAUGGCGCCAGCGGCGCCUUCCCGCCCGGCCACUUCAAGGACCCCAAGCGGCUGUACUGCAAAAAUGGGGGCUUCUUCCUGCGCAUCCACCCCGAUGGCCGAGUGGAUGGGGUCCGGGAGAAGAGCGACCCUCACAGAUUUGGGGGUGUGCCAGUUUCGGGGGAAGUUAGUCCCAUGGGCCCUGAACCGCAGGGCGCAGGGGCCUCGCGGGUGGGCUACCUUCCCGCAGACAACCUGUUCGCUUGGGAGCUGCACUACCGCGGGCUGUCGAGGAAAUAUGUAACAGAUGAAUGUUUCUUUUUUGAACGACUGGAAUCUAAUAACUACAAUACAUACCGGUCAAGAAAAUACACCAGUUGGUAUGUGGCACUGAAACGAACGGGGCAGUAUAAACUUGGACCCAAAACAGGACCUGGACAGAAGGCUAUACUUUUCCUUCCAAUGUCUGCCAAGAGCUGA